UUGAAAGUUAUUAAAUCAAACAAUUGAAAGAAACGCAAUGUCGCGCAAUCAAUUGCCGGACUCUUCAUCCUCACCACCCAUCAGCCACUUGUCUUUUCAUAAUUUCGACGAUGACAUGAUCAACGAUUUGCCAUCAUGCGUUUAUGCCGGUGCAGCGCAUCAAGUAACGGCCACAGCAGGUGGCCUGGGUGGUGGCGGUGGAAAUCUUCGCAUGACCACAAAUAAUUUACGUCAGAUGCAACAACAAUACUUACAUCAUGCGGAGAACUUAUUGGACUCGUCAACGGGCAUGUCACUCGCCUCAGCCAGCUCUUCUACUGGCUGCGGUGCUGCUGGCGGAGGUGGCUCAUCUAUGCUCUGUAACAGUCCCAGUGCAAGUAGUAGCAGCGUGGGCUAUAGCAACGCAGGCGCAGUGAAUUCUGUGGCGGCCGCAGCUGCAGCAGCAGGAACAACACCCUACAAGCUGCAACGACAGCAGGCCAACGUUCGCGAGCGGAAACGCAUCCAGAGGUCGGCACCAACUGGGUACACUAAAUGUAGCAUCAAUUCAGCUUUCGAUGAGUUGCGCGUUCAUGUUCCAACAUUCCCGUAUGAGAAGCGUUUAAGCAAAAUCGAUACUCUGCGUUUGGCCAUCGCUUAUAUUUCGCUGCUACGAGAAGUCCUCCAGACCGACUAUGACCCACUCACCUAUGUGGAGAAGUGUUUGCGGGGCGAGAUUAAGGCAGAUCGUGCCAAUUGGAAUACUAGUGAUCUCACAGCACGUCUGUCAUGGAUUAAUUGGGAGAAUCUCGGUGUACAUCCAGGUCGCCGUACCCUACUAACCACCUUGGCAUUGUCAUCGGAGCCAAUGUGCGGUGCGCACUGUGGUCCAUAAAUACUAAAACCCAAAUUCAAUUUAUUAAUUGAUUUUUAAAGAAUUUCGAAAAUAUACAUAUAUUUUAGUUUUGUUGUGAUAGUAAUUUAGUCCAACAGUCUUCCUUUACGGUAAAUAUAAUUUAAGCUAGUUUUAAGUCUAAGUUAAGUAAAAGUGACAAAGCAAAUGUAAGGAAAUGAGCAUUUAUUGUUUUAUUUUUUAUAUUUUC